UUUUAUUUUGUAUGCUUUUUAUACAUUUGUAGUUUCAUCUUCUUAUGGAGAAAAGCUUUUAUGUUGAUGUUCAGUGAUGCAAUUAUACUUGUUUCUGGUGCCUUUUUCAGAAGGAUUUGGUCCGGAUGCAUUUCUAGAUUUGUUCCAAAUCCAGAUGGUCUAUUUGGUGGCUUAUAUUGGCCUCUGUGGUUCUUUAAGCCAAAUACUAGCUUGAAGUGGGCUUGAGGAAUGCUGCUAUAGCCAUCUUCACCUUCUAUCCGUCCUGUUAGGAACUGUUUCAGAGGGGAUCUAAACUGUUUCUCAUGUGGGAUUGUAAAAGAUUUAAAGCAUGGAAUGGAAACUGGUGACGUCGAUUGCAGAGGGACUGGUUUUGCUUUCGUUUUCUUUGUUUAUUUAUUAUCCAAACGUGGUGAAUUUGUAAUGCAGUAGGAACUGGUGGUGGGAAUAUACUUAGUGGACAUGUCUCCAAUCAAUUCUAUACACCUUCAAGAUAAAACAGUGUCUGUUUCAGACUAAAUACUGGUAAACACGUGUAAUUAUUUUCUAUUAGAAAAGGCAACUCCGCGCUUAUUAAUUUCUGUUAUCAUCAUUCUCUGGUCAGACCAAACCCAGUGAGUGUUGCAAGAACAAGAGUCAGUUUUAAAGUUGAAAAAUGUGCUUUCAGUUUGUGUUCAAAGUGAGCACAUAUUCCCAGCAGCCUGUCGCAGCAGUGGAUUACAGACACCAGAGACAGUGAUGCGCAGCCUAAGACCAUGACAGAAGGCUGUCCUUGCUCACUGCCGCCCGUCCUGCUUUCUCUGGGUGGUUUGCUCCUUUUCUUGUUGGAUGCUGUGCUGGAUGUAUGGGCUGUUGCGUCACUGUUCCAGACGAGGCAGUAUGUUUACAUGGGGCUGUUAAUAGCCCUGCUGUUCUGCUCCUCAAGCCAAGUACAGGUGUUCAGCUGGAUCUGGUAUACAGAUAUCCAGGAACCGGAAACCAACACACAGACCUUGGACAUCCAGGAAGUGGGAACCAACGCACAGACAUCAGAUAUCCAGGACACGGGAACCUACGUACAGACAUUGGAUAUCCAGGAACCGGAAACCAAUGUAGAGACCUCAGACAUUCUGGAACAGAAAACCAAAGUAGAGACUUCGAAACUGGACAAUUGGCAGAGAUGUAUAGCAAAAAAACGUUUAAUAGGAAUGCUGCACAUCCUUCAUCUGGGAAUGUUUUUCAGGUUUGCAGUCUCAAUCAGCAAAUCGAUGAAAUCCAAGAAGUCUGAGAAAUCCAGGGAAAUGGCUGAGUAUUUAGAUAAGCUCAUGCUGCACGACGUGGGCAUGCUGAAUCUGUUUGAGACGUUUACUGAAAGCAUCCCACAGCUCGUUCUCAUGAUCACCCUCAUCAUGCAGGAGCAGGAGCUGCUGCUUUUUACAGGUUUUAAAGUUGCUGGUUCACUUGCCUCCAUCACCUUCUGUCUGCUGUCCUACCACACCAGCAUGCGCAAGCUUAUCUCUAGAAAACAGAAGAUGGGAUGGUCCUCCUCUGCAGUCUUCUUCCUGUGGAACCUGCUCCUGAUUACCCCUCGGGUUCUUGCUGUUGCCCUCUUCGCCUCCAUCCUGCCCUGCUACAUCGCUGCUCACUUCCUGUCCUGGUGGGUGCUGCUGUUUCUCUGGGCCUGGAGGCAGAAGACGGACUUCAUGGAGACUGAAGGAGGUGAAUGGCUCUACCGGGCCACCGUAGGACUCAUCUGGUACUUCAGCUGGUUUAACGUAUCAAAGGGAAAGACAAGAACCACAAGCAUCAUCUACCAUGUGUGCAUGGGGGCCGACAUGGGGCUGCUUUUGGGCUUGUGGUUUUGGAAAAGAUCUGUGGAAUCGGCUCGUCUGAGUCCUCUGCCAGUUAAUGCCUACAUACUGAUUGGUGGGUUGCCUGUGCUUUACAUCACUGGACUCCUCUUAAAGCUGCUUUACUACUGGAAAUUUCACCCUCGAUUUAAAGAGGAGACCUCACACACUGAGCCACCGACUGAGCUACAAGCUAAGCCACAGAAGAAAAGACAACAUAAAAGAGCUGCAGUACUGAAUGAUUCUGAUUUUGUCUCAUCUGAAGAAUCUGAACCCGCAGCACUGGAUGAGCAGAACUCAGAGUCUGAACAGACAACGAAACCCCAGGGAGCCAUCACUGGAGUCCACAAGAGGAUGAGAAACAUGGCUUUUCAUUUCUAAAACUAGUUUAAAGGUGAUACAUAACAUGUUGGCUAGUUUCCCCCCUGUAAAUUAAGCUUUAAACCCCUGUGUUUUCUAUCUAAGUAGGUUAUUCUUCCUCGCGUGGGAUCAUAGUAUACCCGUAUAAAUGAGUUCCCAGUGUGUACCGAAUGGCCGAUGGAAACUGGGUGGUCCUAAACUUGGGUACUGCUUGCAUAAGCAUCACCCGUUUGCAUUAGGCUGACGUGGCGCCUCGUCACAGCCGUCUGGUGUUGGAGUCACAGAAUCUCAUCUAGCAAAAGCCAACAACCAAGCGGAGGCUAACCCAGCCGGCAUAGCUAAUUUAUUAAACUAGCUCAUCAGUCCUUCCACCUGCCUGUCAUCCCUUCACUCAUCCGUCAGGUCAUCAAACCAGCCAUGCUAGCAUUCCACAGUACACUGUUAAUAACAACAACAAUAGGUAUUAAUAAUAUGUAUUAAUAUGUAUUAAGUUAUUCUCUUGAACUGACACAAUGCUUUGAACUUUAUUUUGCAUCAAAAUUUAAGUGAAGUGAUACUUUUUAAAUCCCAUAAACGAGGAAAUUCCACCUCCGCAUUUAACCCAUCCAUAAAGUAAAACACCACACACACACUAGGGGGCAGUGAGCACACUUGCCCGGAGCGGUGGGCAGCCCUAUCCACGGCACCAGGGGAGCAGUUGGGGGUCAGGUGUCUUGCUCAAGGACACCUCAGUCAUGGGCUGCCAGCACUAGGGAUCGAACCGGUCACAGGGCCAGUUCCCUAACCUCCAGCCCUAACCUGGUUAGCAAUAUAAAAUAUUACACUUUUAAAACUUUUUUCUAUUCAUUAUCAGUUAGAUCCCUUUUUACCUGCAGUAAAAAGGUUGCCUAAUAAUUAUGUGCACAUUAAUUUAAUGCUGCACUGUGUAUGAUUUUUGUUGUUGAAAUUGAACGAAGUAUCAUCACUGCGUGAGGAAAAUAAAAACAGGCUAAAAUAUGGCGAGUGUGCUGUAAAGUCCUGUAAAGGCAGGGGUAUCGGGUCAGGAGUUUUUCCACACGUUGCAUGUCUUGUACAGCUGAAGUCUUGGGUACAAAAUCAACAUUAUACUGAUGAAGAUAUGAUGACAAUAAUAGAUGAUUCCCUCACAUCCUCAGGAGACGUGUCCUUCACGGAGUUCUCUUUGAGUCUCUUUCAGUCACCAAAUUCAUCCACUCAGGGAAGGGGUCAAAUAAUAAUAAUAAAAAAAAGCACUACAAAAUGUUCUUCCAUGCUUAUGAAAUCACACAUUUCCACCAGAGAGGUCUCCAAAUCCCCAAAUCUUACAUAGUGCAGCUUUGAUGUAUUUCUCACUUUAAGCUUCAUCCUCACUCAUGAAGCACUCAUAGCCCCUCAAAAAUGUUUCUACACAAUGAUUAUUCAUGUCAAUUUGGUUUGGGAAACCGGGAACAAAUAUGAUCACAAAACCAAAUGACCUAAUAAUAAUGUGCAAACAUUACAGUGGCUAUGAACCUUUUUUAGGUGUGGCCAUAUAAGAGCUGGAUAUUGUGUUCAGUGAGUAGACAGAGCGAGCUCCACGGCACCACCUGUAUAUGGAGCAGUCAGUUCUGCUUCUGUGCUGUGAGCAGGCUGGGUUUGACAGUGAUGUCAAUCAAACUUGCUCAUAAGAAUAUUAGGCCUUGCCCAAGUUCUCCAAUUGAUCUGAUGAGCAUUUUUAAGCAGUGUUUUAUUUUCAUUUUAUUCCAUUCACACUUUACUGGACGCUUAAUUUAACACUAAGUUUAAGCAGCAUCCAAUUCAUCACUGUCCAACCAAAAACAAGAAUGUCCAAAAUGGUAACUUUACAGGAGAGGGCAAAAGAAAUUACUUUCAAUGUUCAAAGAUAAUGGAAAAUAUUCAUAUUCUAAGCAAUUAUUUCUAUUGGUCCAAUCAUUAAAUGUUCACACCAUGUAAAGGACAGCUGCUGAGCUCAAACGACUUGUUUUUCAUUGGACAGUAACAAAAUAGUUAUAAUAUUUUAGUUUAUGGAGUUUGGAUAGUAAAAUACACAGCCAGUCUAAAGAUUACAUAUAGACUAUAUAAAGGACUACAUUUUAACUGCAUUCUGGGUGCUUCGGGGAUCUUUGCCAUUUUUAUAGGAUAGGUUUUAAAGCUAUAUGGUGAUGGACUUUGUUAUCAGUAUGCCAGUGUGUUAAAAAUAUCUUGAUGUCUUUGUAGUUAUUCAUGUGUGAGGGAUUGUGUGUGCAGGUGAAAUGUUUGUUUUGUUCAAGGAAAAAUGUAGAAUGUGUUGAACUUUGUGUAUCCAAAAACAAAUAAAUAAAAACCCAAAACAUCUGGUCCAA